UUCAACCGGCCCACUACCCUGCACUUCCACUUCUCCUUCCGAUUUCCACGCUCAACUCCAUGGCAGCAAGCAACAACGAACAAAUCCACAACAAAACCCUAACCUGAAAAUUCUCUUCAAAAUUCACGUAAAUGUCCCAAUCACAACAACUGCCACAAUCUUCAUUCACUUACCUCCCUCACUCUCCAAAUUCUUUACCCAAUACUCUUUUACCAUUUCCUCAACCACCCAACCUUCUCUCUCAGCCACUCUUGUACCCUCCAGGAACCGAGCCGUAUGCCCAUUCUGGUCACCUCACCUUAACCCAUGUCGAAUUUGAAGCGCAUGCUCAAUUUCAUGACCCAAAUGUGGGUCAAAGUUGGAUUACGAGACAGGCUGAUCCCAUUAAAUAUGAUACUACUUUGUCAGUAGAGACUUUGAAUUCCUCUAAUAACAACAGUUGGAUGAAUCAGUCUUUGGCGAAUGAUGUAAUAGGAAGCACACCAAAUGAAACCCAGUUGCUUCAACCAGUGUGGUGUGAGGUUUGCAAUGUUGACUGCAAUACCAAAGAUGUUUAUGAGAAACACCUUAUGGGAAAGAAGCAUCAGAAGAAUUUGCAAGCAAAAACUAAUCUCACUACUGUAGCAUUUCCAGAAACUUCCAACACAAUCAACAAUGUAAGCAUCGUUGGCCAAGCUGGCAAUGUAGGCGGACAAAUGAUAGUUGGGGCUUCUGGUGUGGCAAAUGGUCAGGAGUUGGAGAAAAAGAAGCAAAAGCUUUUGAAUGCUGGGGCAGCUGUUGAUUCUGUUAGGAUAUGCACCAUAUGCAAUGUUGCUUGCAAUAGCCAUGAAGUGUUCAGCAAACACCUUUCUGGGAGAAGACAUGCUGCUCAGGCUGGAUUAAUUGCUGUUAAUGGGAUUGGACCUUAUCUUGCUGCCAUCCGAGCUAAUGAUCACUUUUGGAGUAAAGGCAAGAAGCCAAAUAAGGUCAAUCAAUCUGCAUGGUGUGAAGUCUGCCAAAUCAACUGUAACAGCAAUGAUGCCUAUGCAAAACACUUAUCAGGUAGAAAACACCUGAAGAACUUGGAGAAAUUGGAAAAAUCUAAGAAUGGCACUGGUGAUCCUUCUUCGACUGGUGCAACAAAUCUGGUAAUUGGACCAGUGGAGAACCCAGUAGCAAAAAAUAGCAGUAGUGAUAAUGUACAAAAAUCAGAGAAGAGGGCAGAACAGCCUGAGGCACCCAAAGAGGAUUUGGAGAUGAAGAAAAGGAAAGUUAUGGAAGGUGGAGCAGCAGCUGCUGCUGUUAGAGUAUGCACUAUCUGUAAUGUGGUAUGCAAUAGUCAGAAGGUCUUCAACUAUCAUCUUACUGGACAGAAGCAUGCUGCCAUGGUAAAGAAGCAAGCAGAUGCCAGAAUAUCAACUGCCACCCCUCAAACUAUACCUUCAUAAAGACGUAGAUGGAGAGUGCAUGGAAAAUUACUCAUGAUCAUUAAUUGUGUGGUUCAUGUGAUUUGCGACAUGGCCUCCCUACCGUGCCUUAAUCCUCGUUUAAAUUUUUUCCUACUUUAUCUGCUGUAAAUCUUGAACUGUGUAUAAUGAAAAACUUUUUGGAACAAUGAAAUGCACCUUUGAACUGUAUGUAGA